CUCUCUCUCUCUCCCUCUCUCUCUCUCUCUGAAGGUGGGUGUUUGUGAUUUCAUGAAUUACGUGCUGUAUGAACAGAAAGAGAGAGACAAAGCGAGCACAUUCAUUCUGAUGUCUCUGUGUGAUUCCUUCGGUGUGAUCGUCUCACUGGUCAGGAUGUGUUCUGACUCCUGAAAUACUCCACAGAAACAUGACUGAAUAUUCAAACCGCAGUCAGUCCGGCGGAGAAUAUGAAUGGCAUUAUGAAUAUUAUGAUGACGAGGAGCCUGUGUCCUUCGAGGGCCUGAGAGCAAACAGAUACUCUAUAGUGAUUGGCUUCUGGGUCGGACUGGCCGUGUUCGUCAUCUUUAUGUUCUUUGUUUUGACGCUGCUGACAAAAACAGGAGCUCCGCAUCCAGAGAUCCCUGAUCCCAGUGAAAAGCAUCAUGGUCUAGCUGACUGUGUGCUCGAGCUCGGCAGCUCUCAGCUGUUUUCUCUCCCGCCGCUGACGGACGAAUCACGUUCCCUCUUUCACUUCUACAUCCACGAGGAGGCCGUCAGAGACAGCGUGAUUGGCCGAGGGAGGCAUUGUGGGCGGGCCUCCAGGCUCCACCUCCAGGGGGCGGCAGAGGACGAGAGAGGAGAUGAAGACGAGCACUUCCUGUCCGACUUCCACAUUCCAAACUUCGUGAGCUCUGAACAGAACUACAGCGACGGCAAUGAUGACUUGGUGCCGUGUGAGCUGUCAAUCACCGCAGACAGCCAAUCAGCUGUGCUGAAGAGCUCAGAGUCCUAUGAUAUCAUCAGACGCUAGCACACAGGCUCGUGUUACACAUGGACAGCGACCAUAGACUGUAUUAAAAUAUGGACGUAGUGUCCGGGACAUCACCCAUAGGUUUCCAAAGAGUGUUUUUGAAGCCAAAAGUAGGCGGAGCCAGCUGUCACCAUUUUGUUUGUCAGCGCAUCACCGCAGGUCACUCCCGGAUAAUUGAAAAUGGGCAAAAAGGCGGGAUCUGGUUGAUGAAACCACGCCCACCUAGCAC